AUGUAUGUCUGGUGGUUUUUAAAUGAUGUGACUUUUUUCUUGCCCCCCACAGGUCAAUGUGUUGUUUGUCUGGGUGGCCACGAGAAGCUGCUCACUACGUGGCUGCUUCAUUCUAUGUCCAGUAGUUGUGAUGAGAAAUGGAAGGCCAAUCGAAUAGGACGUGAUAUAUUCACGCGUUACCAACAGAAACCUGGGCCUCGAAAAGACAAGGACACACAUAUACCUGAGCGGCCAUUGAAUUACAGUUUUUCUAUUGAGGGAAACAGUAAAUCUUUUGUAAAAGUAAAAAAUUCACAAGAACCAGCAACGCCUACCUGUCGAUUAGAAGGCACCUGGUACAAUGAACUUGGGUCUGAAAUAAUUCUUAGUUAUGACAAAUCUGGUAUAAUUAAAGGUGAAUACCGUACUGCUGUGGAACGUCAAGAAGGAACUGCAGGCAAUACACACUCACUGAUUUAUGGAAUUGGUAAUUAUCAUGAACCCAAUACCACUUUUGGAUUUCAUGUAGUGUGGAGAAAAGGAGCCUCUGUCACAGGAUUUGUAGGUCAGUGCCAUUCAACAUGUGGCUUAGAUGAGAUGGAAACUUUGGAAGUCAACUGGAUCUUGUGGCAAUCUAUAGAGAAAUGUCAAGACCACUGGCGGUCAACACUAUAUGGCAUAAACUCAUUUACAAAAUAUGAACAGGCAGCUGGUCCACGCAAGAUGGAGAAUACACACUUCCCAAAUCGAGCAGGGGAAGAUAUUGAAGAGGAGGAGCCAACUUCCGCAUCCAGCCACAGCAUUCACGGUCGGCACCUUGCCAUCAUACCUGUUCUAUUCUACUUCCCACCCACCUCCUUCAAUUUUCUUAAUCUCUCUCUUUCUCCCCCCCCACCUCUCCUUCCAGUACUCUUUUCUUGCUAUUUUCUUCACCUGCCUCUUUUUUGGUGCACAUGUGUUAAUAAGUUGUACGUCUCCCUGACCUAA